UCCACCAUUAAUAAACACACAAGUCCAAGCCUGUGUGCUGAAAGGCAGGAGUAGUAUCGCAGGAGCCUGGAUUAGCAUCCAGUCUUCGUAAAAGGUUUCUUGAGAGAGAAAAUAUAUACAUUGCAGAGAGAGAUGGGAGUUUUGAUUUGUCUCGUGAUGCUAGCCGUCGCUACGACGGCAAGCUCCUGCCCGCCGGCGGACCGGGCGGCGCUGAUGAACUUCAAAGCGGCUCUCAACGAGCCUUACUUGGGAAUACUGAACUCCUGGACCGGCUCUGACUGCUGCCAGGGCUGGUACGGCGUCAGCUGCGACCCGACUGCCGGCCGGGUCGCCGACAUUGCACUCCGCGGCGAAUCCGAGGAUCCGAUCUUCGAGAAGGCCGGCCGGACUGGCUUCAUGACCGGUUCGCUUUCGCCCUCCCUCUGCAAGCUCGACCGCCUCACCACCCUCGUCGUCGCCGACUGGAAGGGCAUUUCCGGUGAGAUUCCGUCCUGCCUCACCUCCCUCCCCAACCUCCGGAUCCUGGACCUCGUCGGCAACAAAAUCUCCGGCCAGAUUCCAUCCGACAUUGGCCGGCUGAGUCACCUCGCCGUCCUUAACGUCGCCGACAACCUCAUUUCCGGCCCCAUCCCCGCCUCCAUCGUCAACCUCCAGAGCCUCAUGCACCUCGAUCUCAGCAGUAACCGGCUCUCCGGCGCAAUCCCGGCCGAUCUCGGCAAGCUAAAGAUGAUGAGCCGGGCCUUACUGAGCCGGAACCAGCUCACGGGCCCAAUCCCCAGCUCCAUUGCCAACAUCUACCGACUCGCCGACCUGGACCUCUCCGCGAACCGGAUCACCGGUUCGAUCCCUCCCCAAAUCGGCUCAAUGCGGGUUCUCUCCACCCUGAAGCUCGACAACAACGAAAUCUCCGGUGAGUUACCAGCAUCCUUGCUGAGUAACCCCGGUUUAAGCAUCAUGAAUCUGAGCCGAAACUCUCUGGAAGGUUACAUCCCGGACGUCUUCUGCUCGAAAUCAUAUUUCACGUCGCUGGAUUUAUCUUUCAAUAACUUGAAGGGUUCGAUCCCGAAGUCGCUAUCGUCGGCGAGUUACAUAGGCCACAUGGAUCUCAGCCACAACCACCUGUGCGGGCGGAUUCCAGCGAGUUCGGCGUUCGACCACCUCGAAGCGUCGUCGUUUAUGGACAACGAUUGCCUCUGUGGAAUGCCGUUGCGAACAUGCUAAUGCGUUCCCGGCAGAACAUGAUUCAAUAUUGGGUACUGUGAAUUUGACGUGGGGGUUGUAAGUGUAAUUUUAUUUAAAUAUCAUAAUGGUUCAAUUGUUAUAAAAAAAAAAAUUUAAUAAUGGUGGUGUGCGAGCGAAAGGAGUAAAAUGACGUGGGCUUGCACGUGAAAAUCUGAGUCAGCUUUAUAGGCAGACAAGGGUAAAAGCGUCACGUGAGUUUGCCAUAUCAUAUCAAUCUGUACGUAAUCAUGAUUCUUA